GACCUAUCUAUGCGUUCCGAAGGCUCUGUUCGUUGAGAUCUCCCUCGUCUCGUCUCUCUCAAUUGUCAAAGACUACAUGUUCAUCAGAUAGUUCGGAGAAUAUGGUCUUUAUGAGUGACGCCUGAAAUCUUCCCCUCCUCAGCAGCCGGAAUCAGGGGAUAACUCUAUGGAAUUCACCGGUUCUAGCGAUUUAUCACCUGACAAACCACCAAUUUAUCAUACAAGAUGGACCAGGUGUUUGAUGAGUUCAAGGACGCCUACGAAAGGGGGGAUGGCUAUGGUCUCGCGAUGACCCUCUCUCCUAUUAACCCCCCUUCACAACCAGACAGACUCUAUACCUUUUUCCGAAGUACGAACGCGGCCAGUGCCAUUCAAGACUUCAAGUAUCGCAUUUUGUACGAUAACUCCACUUCAUUCAAGCUGUCUCGUGAUGAGGGUAACUGCUGGGUUGAUAUUUACUUUGCGUACUGGAAGACUGUUGGCGAAAUAUUGAGUGCAGGAAAUGCUACAAAGGCGAACUCCAAGGCAGCAUGGACGAAAGUCUAUGAAGCAUGGAAAGAAUUGACAAAUCACCUCGUCCGAGGCUACAACAGCGGUUAUUUUGAGGCCUGGACAGUGCCUUGUUUGUACGUGGUAGGCAAAUAUAUAAGAAUAUUCGCCAUCAAGGCAGAUGAAGGGGCGGUAAAUAAUACGGGAUCAGCCACGAGCUUCCAAGAUGAUCUCAAUCCUGAGGCAGAACAGAACGAGACACUGGAAGAUGCGGCAAGGCAACUAAACCGGCUUUUCCAACUAUGUCUCGGUGAUAGAGCACCGCUUGAGGAGUCGAGAAAAUGGGGCAUUUACAACAUCAUCAAUCUGUUAUUCAAGACCUACUUCAAACUGAACUCUGUCAGCUUAUCGAAAAACAUCCUCAACGCCAUUCAAGUAUAUCGAGGCGAUAUGCCCAGUUUUGAUGCCUUCCCGAUGGCUCACAGGGUGACGUACAAAUACUAUGUCGGCGUCAUCUACUUUCUAGAAGAGGAGUAUGCGGAGGCCGAGAAGCACCUCACCGAGGCUUGGCAACUCUGUCACAAGGAUGCGACACGCAACAGAGAACUCAUUCUCACGUACCUCAUUCCCUGCCACCUCAUAACGACACAUACUCUCCCGACAGCCAGUCUUCUAGCACCCUACCCUCGCCUGCAAAAUCUUUUCCUGCCACUCAGCCGCUGCAUCAAGAGAGGCGAUCUCCCCGGCUUCGAUGCCGCCUUGGUGGCUGGCGAAGAAGAAUUCGUAAAACGCCGUAUCUACCUAACCCUCGAGCGCGGCCGAGACAUCGCCCUACGCAACCUCCUCCGGAAAGUCUUUAUCGCUGGUGGUUUCGAGGAGCCGAAAGAGCCAAACGCCCCACGGGUGCGGCGAACGCGGAUUCCCGUGGCUGAAUUCGGUGCCGCGCUUAGUAUGGGGGCCAAGGAGACGAUGGACACUGACGAGGUGGAGUGUUUGCUGGCCAACAUGAUCUACAAGAACCUGAUGAAGGGUUACAUAGCCCGCGACCGCGGCAUGGUCGUGCUGAGCAAAGCCGGCGCCUUCCCCGGCACGGGCGUUUGAGCACUUCCUAGCUAAGGUAGCAACCCCCCUAUUCCAACCCCUGUCCAUCAGCCAGCCCGAACCGCAUUUCUGGUUCCCGGGAACCCUACCUCCUCAUCUCCCUCCCACCCACCUGGAAAUACCCCCUAUCGAUACGAUACGCCCCCCGGCCCGGGUCUCGGUGAGCACAUCGAUCCAGAUAGAUAUUUAUGUACGAUUAGCUCUGAAAACCCAUGAAUUCAAAAUCUUCAUUGAGAUCGAACGAUAAUGGAAAUAAUACAACGACGCUUGCCUUUCUCGUCUAUUCCCCCUUCUUUUGUUUUUUACCCAGUGUCUGUCUCCCUACCUAUGUCUGUCCCCCCUUCUCACGUCUUUAAAGCAGCACCACACCCCCCAAAACCCAUACUAUGCAUGAGUCAACGCUAGACCGG